CCGCUUACCACCCGCCGUGCACUGCGAGCCAAGUGUCGCGGAGGUGGCGCGCCAUUGCGCUGUCGUAGCUGUUUCUGUGGAACGAAGUUGUCAUCGACUCGCAGGAGAGCUAGCGGUUCAUGCGGGCCCCCAUCUUGCGCCUCGAAUUUCAUCCCUCGCGGUCGCCCUCCUAGUCGUCUUGCGUGGACAGAAGGUCCCGAUGUCUUCCUACUGCGGCUAUCCACACUUUUCGCUUUUCUCCUGCAUUUCGGAGGUCUUUGAUGCACCGAAUCUGCGGCGCGUGGCGACGACCGAUGCCGGGUUAUUGCAGAACUUUUGAACGCUGCUCUGCCUCUGGCUUCACUCCCAGAAUCAGCCUCGCCCGUUUCAUCCGCGCAAAGUGUUCUGCCGCCUCGAAUCCCAGGCCCGUAUUAGCUCCGAGGACGAUCACAGUCUUCUCAGCGAGAUCGGUCGUGACCACGGGCCGCUGGGUCUUCCCCUGCAAUAUUACGAAGUCGAGGGCAGAGUAACACAUGGACGACGAGCCGCUUGACCACUGGAACACGCGUCGUUUCCGCUGUCAUACCCGUUUGAACCGCCUCUCGCAGAGAUCUAGUGACCGAUUGCACGUCAGAGUAGUGACGGCUCCUGAGAAUCGAGCUGCACAAGAAUCAGACAAUCAAGCCCUCACUUAUUCUCGCGGUAUGGGAGUGGCUGGCACGCGUACAAAUCAGAUCUACAAACGCUUCAAGUGCAGCUAACUGCGCUCGUGGCUAAGCGAUGCAAAAUUUUAGAACCUGUUCAACUUCAACCAUCAACCAUCAAGAGCGAAGGGAGCACUACCAUCGAAACUGCCGCGAGCAUCACGUGUACGAUUAGCGAGCCGACACCCCCAAGCGUCUUUCUCUCUCUCGAAGAACAUCUCAAGAGCGUUCAGUACCACUAGACAAAACGUCGGAGUCUUUCGUGGCGGGAAGUUCAGGAACGGCGAAACUACUGACGAGCGGGCCAGUUUUCUUCGAAGACCUCAUCCGACUUGCAAUUGACAGAAGAAGCCAAGGGUGAGUGUCUCUGAAAAGGGUGAAUGAUAUCACAGAGACAUUGGUUCCGGACAAGGCUCAGAUGCCUGGAAGUAUCCGAUCCUCACGGCGAUCUGCAUGCGUGAAGACAAUGCUGAUUCUUCCGACUGGGAGUGGGAGUCACAGGGUCCAGUUGUUGAUGGGAUGUGGGAGCUGCGCCAUGAUCAUGGAGAGCAAGCUGAGACCAAAUCACACCGAUCGGACGAGUAUGUGAUCCGACGCAAAAUUUCUCAGACAAGAGACUCGCACAGAGCCUCUGGGAAGAGAGGGAAGGCACACGAAGACCAUGAUUGUGUCCCUAGUGGUCGGAUGCAGAAAACUUCAACAUUGCACGUGGGAUUUUCAGUCGUUUCAUCGGGCAAGAAUCCUUAGAAUUUCAAAGGAUCUCAUUCGAUGCCACUCGAAUCAUAUUGACUCGAGGGUCGGGCCCGACAAAAAUAGCAUUUCUCACAGCCGACAGCGUUUUCCGAACGGCCGAUUCGAUACCGGACCUCUGGCGUCGACGGAUUCAGUUCUUAUGUCUAUAGCUUCGAGAUGUUCUCUACAGACUCCGGUGGCACUGAUCGGUUUGUAACCGGGCCCUCGAGAAUAUAAAAGCAGACGUCAAGCCCCCUUGUGUUUCAAUCUGGACCCAUGCACCUCCUCCUUCAAGCAGCGAUCUCAGUCUUGCCCAUCGCAGUCUACUAUUCUCUAAGAUCUAAGAGAGAUCCUAUCCCGGAUCUACCAGGUCCAAAGUCCUCGUCGUGGCUUUAUGGGAACUUGGCCGAACUUCUCCUCGCCCCGGUAUAUGGCCAGUACGAGUUCCCAUGGCUCAAGCGAUUCGGAAGCGUGUACCGAAUCCGGGGUUGUUUGGGACGCACCCAAAUCGUCAUCGCAGACCCGGUAGCGAUGCACCACGUGUUCAGCAGUCCGAAAUGGGACCAAGGGCCCCCUGUUGCAAUGAUGGUGACCAUGCUUUUUGGAUUUCAGAGCGUGCAGAGUGUGAGAGCUGCGGGACCUGAGCAUCGUCAUUUACGAGGCGCGCUCAACGGCGCCUUCACAGCCUCCGUUGUCCAGAGCUACGAAACAAUAUUCGAGAGGGUUGCUGCAGGGAUUUCCGAAAGAAUUGACUCGAGCACCACUGAUACUAUCGAUCUCGCUGAUAUGCUCUCAGCUGCGACACUAUCUGCCAUUUCGAUUGCGUUGCUCAGCCGCCCUGUCGAAGAGCUUGACCCCGGUUUCAUUCAACUCAAUACCAAUCUUCUUCGUACGGCGGCAAGAACUUCAGAAAGAGACCUCUUGUCAAUUGAUUUACUGACCAACUACAUCCCUCGACGCUUACUCUACAAGCUGCUGCACUUCCGAGUAGCAGGGUGGAACGCCGUGACAGAAGGCCGGGAGCUUGGUCUCGCUCUCGGACGAGCUGUUGUCGAGGACAAGUUGCGUGCUUUGGCAUCAGGCGAGGACCAAGGAACCGGGGAUGUGUAUGAUCUGCUUUUAUCAGGAAAAGCGGGCACGGGGACCAAAAAGCUCGAUGUUGAAGAACUGAUUGCCCAAACAACCGUCCUUCUUGUUGCAGGGCAAGAUACAACCGCAAACACACUGGUAUUCUGUCUUAUUGAACUGGCCCGCAAUCCCACCCUCCAAGACCAGCUCCGCACAGAACUUCAGGCCCGCGCCCCAGCGCAACCGUACAACCAGCUGCCGCUGCUCAACGCCGUCAUCAAAGAGACGCUACGGAUGUUCCCUGCGGAACCUAUCAUGGACCGGCUUGCAUAUGAAGACGAUAUCAUUCCUCUUUCGGAGCCGGUUCUGGACCGCCAUGGGCGGAAGAUUGACUGCAUUCCUGUUCGGAAGGGGCAAGUUCUGACGAUGGCUAUUGCCUCGAUGGCGUCCCACUGGGGAUCUGAUGCGAUGGAGUUCAACCCAAUGCGAUGGCUGGAGGGAGGCUCUGUCCAGACCAGCGACGUCAUUGGCCCCUACGCAAAUUUAAUGAGUUUCAUAAGCGGAUCACGAACGUGUAUUGGAUGGCGAUUUGCCGUCAUGGAGAUGCAGAUCAUCCUCUGCGAGCUUGUUAGCAAAUUCGAAUUCGGCAUUCCACCAGGGAGCAAGACUGUUAUGCGGGUGGCGCAAACCUUGGUUCCGUUAGAUGGGGAAACCGGAGAGAAAAGUGCUAUGCUAAAGGUCAAAUCCGUAUGAGUGGCUCCCAGACAACUAUUGCAUUGAUUUCCGAUUGCCACGAUGUUCUGGGCGGGUGGAAGACAGCGGCAGAAACAAGGGAUUGUCGAUCGCGAGGGGAAAAAUCACCUAUUUGCGCAACUUGGUAACCCUGGAGAGCUCCAAAUGGUCACUUCAGGAGGGUUCGGGGCCCCCUUUUCUUGAUGGCCUUGAAGCACCGCUCGGUAGCAGAAGACCGGAUGAGGUUUCCCGCGACCGGCAGCAGCCGGGAGCGGCAAUUUUCAGCUCCGUGUCUCAUUUAUAGAAGACUCACACUUUUAAGCGAUGCUUUGGGGGCGGCGUCAGCGGUCAUCGAACGCCAUGGAAAGGCAUGGUCGUGAGAUCCCGCGUCACGCAUUAACAUCGCUUGCUGACGCGCUUCACGUUCUCUGCCGCCUAAAACUCCUCUCUGAGAGGCAUCAGUUCCGGCGAGGAACUUGAAGCCAUUCUAUCGACCAGGCCACGACUUAGAAACGAUUUCACUACGAAACUUACACUGACUGUAUACCAUGC